AUGUCCGCACCUGUCGACAGUGUCACCGCCCAGAUGGCCACCACCUCCCUCACCACCGACAACACCGCUCCCGCACCCACUACCACUACCACGGAGAGCACCGGCGCCCAGCAGCCCACCGCAGCCGAGGACGAGGCUGUGCGUGCGAGCGCCGCCGAGGGCAGGCGACUUUACAUUGGAAACCUCGCGUAUGCGACCACCGAGGGGGAGUUGAAGGACUUCUUCAAGGACUACUUAGUCGAGUCCACGACCAUCCCCACCAACCCGCGCACCUCGCGCCCCGUCGGCUACGCCUUUGUUGCUCUCUCUACCCCCUCCGAGGCUGAGCGUGCUAUUGCUGAGCUCAACGGCAAGGCCAUCCUCGACCGCAAGGUCUCCAUCCAGCUUGCUCGCACCCCCGAGGCCCACGCUGAGGGAGCUGGCAGCGGAGCCGAAGGCAACACUGGCGAGGCUCGCCGCCGCACCUCCACCCGCGGACGUGGCCGCGGUCGUGGCCGUGGUGGCCGUGCUGGACGUGGAGGACGUGCUAAGACCGACGCUGAGGGCGCCGAGCCAGCCGAGCUCUCCACUGAGGCCCCUGCCGAAUCUACUCCUACAAAUGUACCUGGCCAAGUUGCUCCCCUCACCGAGACUACGAACGAAGCGCUUACAGCAAAGAAGGGCGCCGACAAGGCCGCUGCUCCCCGCGAGCGCAAGCAGCGUGGUCCUCCCGAGGAUGGCGUUCCCUCCAAGACCAAGGUCAUGGUUGCCAACCUGCCUUAUGACCUGAAGGAGGAUAGGCUUCUCGAGAUUUUCAAGGACUACUCACCUACCCAGGCCAAGAUCGCUCUCCGCCCCAUCCCCCGCUUCAUGGUCAAGAAGCUCCAGGCUCGCGGUGAGCCCCGCAAAGGCCGUGGGUUCGGUUUCGUUACCCUCGGCUCCGAGGAGCUCCAACAAAAGGCGUGUGCCGAGAUGAAUGGCAAGGAGAUUGAGGGCCGUGAGAUCGCCGUUAAGGUCGCGAUUGACUCACCCGGCAAGGAGGACGACGCACCAGACGCGCCCGCUGAGGGCGAGGCCCCUACCACCGAGGCCACUACCACCAACGCAACUCCUGAGAAGGUCGUCGAGAACCCCCCCGCUACCACCACCGCAGCUUAG